GAGAAGCUGAAGACAUGAAUGUUAGACUUCUCUCAAUUCGGCAUCCUGAGAAUCUCCAGACGGUCCGGACGUCUGUUUCUGACCUGUACCUUUGAGAAUAAACCAAAUACUCUUAAAGUGCAGUGUCUCUCGAGCGAUCCUUUCUUCAUCAUCAAUUCCAUCAUCAUCCUCUGGCUGGCGAGAAGAUACGACAUUUUUGGCGUCACGAAACAGAACGACUGCAGGAACUCGAAAACAAUGCAACAGGCUCAUCGUAGACGAUAAAUGAGAGGGGACACUGAAGGGAGCUGCAACGAGAAGGCAGCUGGCUCGGUGCCAAUUCCAGGGCGUGAUCGCUGAUUGACGUGCCCACUGACGUGCUGACGUCAUCGAUGUGCAGCUGAUCAGAGGCCUGUACAAACUUAUCACAAACUCCUAGAGCGAAAGCCUGCAUUUCUCAUAUUUGUGUGUGUUAUAUACCUGCUUUCAUUUGUCAUACUUAGGCUUAUGAGAAUACAUAUGAAGACUAAAUGCACGGUAGUCAGUUUAAAAAAUAAAUAAAUUAAGAGAUAAAAGGUUUGGCAACUGUUUGACACUUUAAAUUCGAUAGAUGAUACAAUCGUAAUGAACAUCUAAAUAUUUGUUGCUUUGAUAAAACAAUUUCAAAAGGUGAUAAAAUAAGACAAUAAAGUUAAGAUAAAAAUAGAUACGAUAAAUAAAUAAAAGUAAAACCAAGUAUCAGAAAGCUAUAAUGGGAAUAAAGGACACUACAAAUCCCAAAAUGAUUACACGUGUUGCUUUGGUACAGAAGAAUAAUCCUUUAGUGAGCAGCAUCGCAAAUAUUGCAAAAAUCUCGAAAAAAUGGCAUCGCCGGUGGUCCAAUAUUGAUCGACCAUGGCCAGUGGAGGGGACCCUCAACCCAGAAGUAAUUAAGAUAAUGCAGGUACUUGUAGCCACUUACAAGGCGGAUCAAAAGAAAGGAAACAAGGGAAAGAAACGCAGAGAGAAGAGGAAAGUGGAGCUUGCUUUUCUCAAGUUAUUUGAAGAAGAGGGACAAAAACUGAUUACAGCUGCGUCUGUAAUGUAUCCCAAGAAAGUCUAUCCUCAGUUUCCAGUGUCCAGUCAGAAGGGGCGCCAUCAGAUCAGUGAAAAUGGCCUGGAAGAGGACAAGGGGGGCUGUGACCCCAAAGCCAAGUGGAUGUUGGCGAGAGCAGAAAAGAGAGAAGACAGCGAGGAGGAAGACAGCGAUGAAGAGGACUCCCGGAUGACCUUGAGUGAAGUCAGAGAUUUGCAGAUGAAGAAGGAAGAGUUCCUGAAAAAAGGUUCCCAGCUUUCAGGCAUGAGAAGUAGACUGCAAUCUAAUAAAGUGUCAGCACCAGGAAGCAUGAUCCCAGUUAUCAUCAGAGAACACGGUUUCGAAUAUAGACCAUUACAGAGCACAGAUAUGUCGAUCAUAAUUGAAAAACUCCCCAUUAUCCAAGAUGGAGCACAUCCGUGGAUUUCAAAACUAGAUGAGCUUUUGAUCGGACAACUCCCUGCGAUGGGGGAUAUUAAGAAAAUCUUGGCCAAUAUCGUUGGCGUUAACGUUCUGGGAGAGAUCUUACAGAAAGCUGGACUUAAUCAGUACGUAGGAACCAGUGUGAAUGAUUCAGACUUGUUUGCUGCCAGUAGAGGUCAAAUGUGCAGGGCAUUGAAGGUCACGUUCCCCACGAACGUGCAUCCUGAUAAUAUAAUUAUCCAACCACUCGGAGAGGAAGAAAAUCCAAGAGCUAUUGUUUCAAGGUCUCAUCAAGUGUGGAUGAAUGUCACAGGCAACGACCUGGAUCUGCGUCGUAUGGACCAGUCGAUUUUGCGGACCAAAAUUCUGAUGGGGUUGCCCAUUGCAGUACGAAACAAGGUGAAAGAGGUGGUCGGCCUUGGAAACAUGAAGAACAGUGUGUACACAGAUCAUAUAGCCCACCAGGUGGAGCUGUAUCGGAAGAGGGGAGACGACUUGAAAGAACAGGACCGAGAGACCCUCAGGAAACGUAAUCAUUUACAACUGGUGAGUGAUAAAGUUGAGAGGAAGCAGGCCUUGGCGAUGAAGAACCAGGAUCCACCAAAUCAACCAGUACCACAACCUGAGCCGAACCAAACUGAGAUCCAGUCGUUUCAGCCAUCAACGGUGACCCCAGUCGCCUUCUACCCACAGCCAGCCUUUGAUCAUGAACAGUAUUGGAGUGGAACUGAACUUGAAGGUCAAUAUUACACCCAAGGAUGUGACUGUAAUGAAGGAAGCUGCUUCUGUUAUUAAACAAGUAUAAACUGAUUUUCACGAUGGCCUGAAGCGUGUUUAGAUAGAUGAAAAAACAAGUAUUCAAACUAUUGCCAAAUCUAAAGCUCAUUUGCAAGGUUAAAUGCUCAAUAUAGUUUGUGGAUAAAACGGUGAAAUUAAUUUAAAGAAAACUAGGAAUUAAACAGCAUCUUAGUGCGAAAAGAAUACACAUUUUGUUGAUAUUUUAUGAUUCUUAGAAUCCUAAAACAGUUUUGAUUUGAUUUUAUGCUAUUUCGGAACUAUUUAAGUUCCGAGGGGGGAUAUGGUGAAAUAAAUGACAUUAUUGGAGGGACAACUGAUGUUUUGAUUUGCAUCUGUUCUGUAUGCAAAGAUACUGGUUCUUUUUUCAUUCUAGAGCAUUCGGGGAGAAAACCACUGUGGGGUGAUGGAGUGUUGAAGGACUACAAAGUUGAAUGGAGCCAGACGAAACAGGAACAUGACAAGAACCUGAAAGGCUUUGAACGAGAACUGAAGAACGUCAUCGACACUACAACAAGUGUCAAGACUGCUGAAGAACUGCACAUGUCUUUUCAUAUAUGAAAUAUUGGAAAUAUUUGAACUUAAUUUUCUUGUUUAUGUGUUAAUUGUUUGGAGAAAUGAUAUUUUCUGUUGUUUGAUGAAUAUAAUGGAACCUCAGAUGUUUUCUUUUUCGUGACAUUUAGGGACAGAGGUGAUUUAGGCAGGAAGAGGUCCGGUUGAUGGUCCGAUGGGCUGACCUAGCCUGACGCCGGAUAUUAUUUUGUUAUUAUUUGACUGAGGAAUUCCAGAUAUAUUUGCUGUAAUCAUUUCCUUAUACGAUUUGCUUAAAAUUCAGCAUGUCAGUUGUUUGGAGUUAGAUACAAGGUUACCUAGGCAGAGGCAGUGUGAGAGGAUUUUCCUGUCAACAUUGUUUUGUUGAAAUCAUAAGAAAUGAUUUCUGCCAGACAGGUUUUUAUAAUCUCACUAUUCUUGAACUCUAUUUUUUGAUAACAUUUUUUAUAGUGUUAGAACUCGUCUAUUAGACGUGGUGUUAUUUUUGUCAGGGUUAUACACCGGUAUGUUUAUUGUUACCUUCGCAUUGAAAAUGCCGGAAGGUUAUGUUUUGAUCGCCAUUUAUUUAUUUAUUUAUUUGUAUGCGUGUUAUUCGCAAAACUCAAAAAGUAUUGAACUGAAUCGCAUGAAAUUUGGUGGGAUGAUUGUUUAUUAUCCGGGGACCAGUUGAUUAGAUUUUGGGAUCGAUCGGGUCAAAGGUAAGGUCAAAGUUCAUGAACAGGUCAAAAUGUUCUUGAAUCGCAUGAAAUUUGGUGGGAUGAUUGGUUAUUAUCCGGGGACCAUUUGAUUAGAUUUUGGGAUCAAUCGGGUCAAAGGUCAAGGUCAAGGUUAUGGAAAGGUCAAACUCUUUUUUUACCAUAGCACGAUACAUUUUUGUCCAAUUGGCAUGCAACUAAUGCCAAAAUGUUCAUAAUUCAAUGCCCAAUCUUGUGAUAUGCGAAGGUAUGCGCUCUACCGAGUGCCCAUUCUAGUUUAUGUCUGUUUUCGAGACUUUUGAUUAGCCUCGAAAAGGGGGGAAUAUGGAAUAUAUUUUCAUGUACUGUAUAAUAUCAGUUUAUAUGAAACCUACAAAUCAGCGCUCAAGGUUCAAGAAUCAUAUGACAUGCCUCGAUUUGGGGUUCGAACCUACGAAGUCCAAACAUCAACCUGGUGUGUAAACAAAAACCUGCCUGAGUGGCGAUUCUGCCUAUCUGUUGAUUGGACCACGAGAGCCGGAUCAAUGAGUGUCUCCUGACUGUCUCCUGACUGUUGGGUAUAUAAUGAGAAGCUGAAGACAUGAAUAUUAGACUUCUCUCAAUUCGGCAUCCUGAGAAUCUCCAGACGGUCCGGACGUCUGUUUCUGACCUGUACCUUUGAGAAUAAACCAAAUACUCUUAAAGUG